AUGUCAGAUUUCUUUCUUUCUUUCUUUCUUUCUUUCUUUCUUUCUUUCUUUCUUUCUUCGCCAUCCAUUCCGUUCAUUCAUAAUUUUCUCAAUCAAUCAUUUCAUCUUUCUUUCUUUCUUUCUUUCUUUCUUUCUUUCUUUCUUCGCUGUCCAUUCCGUUCAUUCAUAAUUUUCUUUCAUUUCAUCUUUCUUUCUUUCUUUCUUUCUUUCUUUCUUUCUUUCUUUCUUUCUUUCUUUCUUCGCUGUCCAUUCCGUUCAUUCAUAAUUUUCUCAAUCAAUCAUUUCAUCUUUCUUUCUUUCUUUCUUUCUUUCUUUCUUUCUUUCUUUCUUUCUUUCUUUCAUCAGUUACAUUAUUUUCCUUAUCUAUCAAUUCAUCCUGUUACCGUUUCCCGCCCUCACACGGAUUUUCUCUCCAGUUCAGUUUUUUCUUUUUUCUUUCCGUCACCUUUUAUUUUUUUUUAUUUCGUAUUCGUUUCAGUUUUCUUCCUUUCUAUUUUGACAAUUUUCCCUUUUUCUUUUAUUUAUAUUUCCACUCGAAAAUUUCUUCUUUUCUUUCUACCAUUUCAUCUUUCUUCUCCUCUUAAUCCUUUUUUCUUCUUUCAUUCCUUUCUUUCUAAUUUCAUCCAUUUCUUUCGUCUUCUCUUUCAUUCUUUUAACUCUUAUUUCCAAUCAAACGUGCCUUCUGGCUGCCCAUCCUUUCUUCAAAUUCUCAGCGGCGCCAACUUUCGCCUUUUCUCAUUCCUUACUCUCACAGAUUUCUACCUCUCUUUCAACUCCCUCCCACCAACUCGUUCCUGUUGUUCCCGAUGCAACCCCCCCCCCACAUCGUAA